AUGGUGGAUCUUGGGCGUCCAACGGCCGAUGUGCCUAGUCGGGGAUACCAGCUGUGGGUGACGGACGUGGUUGUUGUGAUUGUUGCUGGCAUCUUCGUGGCUAUCCGUCUGGUCUCGAGAUAUCUGAGGAGCGGAAUCCAGGUCGACGACUGGACUAUUCUGGCAGCUCUGGUGACUGACAUGUCUGCAGCCGUUGGGUAUGGAUUCGGCAAACAUGAUUGGGAUAUAACCGACGAGCAGGAGAAGAAGUCCCUCAAGGUAAGCAUCCAUAUCAUCAUCUUCUUCAUCUUCUUCUUCAACAGCAGCCAGAAUACAGCUCUUGCUAACGGGUCUGGUCUGGCAGUGGAUUCUGGUCGCUCAAGUGUUAUACAAGCUGGUGAUUUGUCUGGCUAA